AUGGCAGAUGAACUAGACCAAGAAUCCGGAGCUCAACUUCAGUACCCAACAGACCCAAAUGCAUACAGACUCGUGGAUGAGAUUGGCGGUACUGGUGCUAGAGCCAAAGUUCACAAAGCAAUAUGUAUCCACAACAUCUGGAAGUCAACUUUGGUUGCAAUCAGAAUCUUUGAUCUUGAGCAAUAUCCAGCCGAUUUUGAUGGUCUCAGACGUGAAACCAAAACCAUGUCACUUCAUUCACACCCUAACGUUCUUGCAUCCCAUCUUUCUUUUGCUGUUGAUAGCUAUCUUUGGGUGGUUAUGCCUUACAUGGCUGCCGGCUCUCUCCAGCCUAUAAUCUCUACUUACUUCCCCGACGGACUACCAGAGCCAAGCAUCGCAAUAAUUCUCAAAGAAACCCUCCAGGGAUUGUGUUAUAUUCAUGAUCAAGGCCGUUUACACACAGAUAUCAAGGCAGGCAACAUUCUUAUAGACACAGAAAAUGGCAGUAUAAAACUUGCAGAUCGUGGCAAAUCGGUCUCGAUUUACGACUUAAGAAGCGUUGUGGGAUCAUCCCCAUUGUCCCCCUCAUCAAGAAUGAGGUUGACUGAUGUUGCAGGGACCCCAUAUUGGAUGGCACCAGAGGUUAUACAUGACUUAGAUGCAGGUUAUAGUCUCGAGGCUGAUAUAUGGUCUUUUGGUAUUACUGCAUUGGAAAUAGCCUAUGGUGGACCUCCUUUCUCUGACCUUCCUCCAUCGCAGUCUUUGAUCAUGAAGAUAAAGAAGAGGCUUGGGUUCUCUAAUUAUCAUGACGAGAAGCACAAGAAAGAUUUCAAGAACAAGAAGUUCUCUAAAGAAUUUAAAGAAAUGGUUGCUUCUUGUCUUGAUCAAGACCCUUCAAAGAGACCUUCUGCUGAUCAGCUUUUAGAGUAUUCUUUCUUCAAGAACUGUAAAGGAUUAGACUUUUUGUUCAAGAAGGUUUUCGAUGGGUUACCUAAUGUUGAAGAGACAUUCAAAGAACUCAAGGCUUUACAAGGGACACCAAGCCAGAUUACUGCUGGCACUGAUGUUGAAGAAGAAGAAGAGCGUCCUGAAUCAGUUGGUCCAAGUGAGAAGACUAGAUGGAUCAGUGGUUGGAAACUAAAUGAGUAUGAAUUCAAUCUUGUCCCGGAAUUCAGUAGUGAUUCAGAAGAUGAUUCAGUUGUGAAAUUGGUUCGUUUUGGGGGUGAAACAAUCAUUCCGGACACGAACAUUGGGUUCAAUGUGUCGUCUAUCGGGUCAAGUGACUUGGAGGGUUCGGUGGAGGAUCAUACUGGUGAAAACAUGAGCGGAAUAGAAGGAAUCGUUGAAGACUUUCAUCAAGUGACAGUGUUAGAGGGUAUAAUGGCAUUAAAGAGGAGUUUGGAUGAGCAGAGAAGGCAGGUAGCAAGAAUGAUUGCUCUGUUGGGCGGGGAGGUUGAUGGAGAGGAACAAUUGGUGCAAAGGAUUGAGAAUCUGAUGAGGGAGUUGGACCUUGAGAAGGAAAAGAACCUGAAGUUGGAGAUGGAAUUGGAAAAUAUCAACAUUGUGAUUUCUGGUGCAUAUAAUGACGCUUCUGCUGCUGCUGCUGCUGAUGAUGAUGAUGAUGCAGCAAUUGAUGAUAUUGACUGA